AUGAGGAAAGCUUCAGAGACUCCGACGAGCACCUCGAGUUUUGUUAAAUCAGAAGAGAAAUCAGAGAAGAAACCACCGUCCAGACUUGCAGUGGAUGAUACCAAACCUGUUCUUCAGGACCCGAUUCUGAGAUCAGACCCAAUGGAGACAGAAGAAGCUGUCCUGAGACUACCCUCUUUCCCAGUGAUGAGACCAUCUAAAUCAUAA